AGGUAGCCUGUGCGCGCUAUAGGUAGGUACGUAUUCCGAUCAAGUGCGCAAAACAUACCUAAAUCCAGUUUCUUGUGAGUUGAGGAACAUUGAAUGGAAGUUCGUCAGAACACAUUGCUGUUGACAUCAGUGCCAAUUAAAUGCAGAUUUUAGGUCAAUUUUGAGGAACCUAUGCAAACGGAGAGAUUGCAGCUGAUUGCAGCUCCUGCAGCUCUUCAGCAGAGGGGCUCGCUGCGGCCCUCGAGUAGCAAUCAAUGGAGCAGGCAAUUUGAGAUCCUUACACACAGCGUCGAUGAGGGCGCACGUAUGCUAGCGCAUGUCUGCGGGAUCAAAUCUUGCGCAUCACGAGGCCAACCUUCUCAAUUGUUGCAAAAUGUCCAUCCAAUGUUGCUCGCCGGGUACUUUGCAAGGCAGAGGAACAGCCACGCUUACUAGUCCUGGUAUGAGAUCCCGGUGUUCAUCAGUUCUGUGUCGCUUGCCUCAUGCGGCAAAACCGAUUGUUGAGAGUUGGUCUAGUGCUCAUGGCAAGCAGAGAGAAUGCACUCACGGGCUGCCUUCUGCUUUCACAAACAUGCACGUGAUACUGCGAGAGUACCGUGGCAACUUUGUUGCUCUCCAAGCAAUGACUCAAAGGAUAGGUGGUGCUUCCAGGAAGCAUAUUGUGAUGGAGGCUUCCGGCAGGAUGGGAGGGCAAGUGUGGACAGAAGGUGGAGACCCUGUCAGGAAGGAGAGCGGAGCGGAAGCAAGCACAUCAGAGUCCAAUGACGACCAAUUUGGGGAUGCACAAGAGCAUUACUGGCAGGAGAAGACCGACGAAGAGACAGACCGGUUUCUAAAGCGGCAGGGGUUGCAGCCCCCUGAUGCUGCGGAAGUUGGAAAGGGAGGGCUGUUGUAUCCCCAGACGCCGGCAUCCGUCACGAGUUGGCAAGUUUUGGGGGGUUUGUGCAUUGCUGCUGCGGUUGGUGUGACGGGCUAUAGCUUGUGGGAAGCGGAAAGAUACAGGAUAGCUGUGAAAGAUCAGCAAACAAGGGAAAGCACGGCAACAGUGGGAAUUGCGACACCAAUGCCUUUGGCACCACAGAACUGGGCCCCUUGGCAGAUCCUCCCUCUCUCCCUCGCCCUCCUCAUCAGCCUCUUCUGCCCGCCCCCGCAAACCAUCCAAUUCACCCCGCCCCGGGGUCCGCUCCCCGGGGGCUCCGACAGCAGCGGCCUGGCACUGCGCGUGCAUCGCCUUGAAGAGGAGUUUGACUCGGGGAUCAAGACUGUGCGCUUCCUGGCCCGGCAGCUCGAGAAGCUCGGGGUGCGAUUCCGGUUGUCGCGCAGGACGCUGCGAGACCCCAUUCGUGAGAACACGGACUCCAUCGAGGCCGCCAAAGCGGAGCUGGCGAUGGUGAACGCCCGGCUGCUGCGGUUGGAGGAGGGGCUCUUUGAAGCGCAGGAGAUCAUGCUGGCCAUGCAGGCGCAGCAAGCCAAACAGUUUGCCGUGCUGGCGGCUGCGCUGCCAAAGGUCGCUUCGGCCCAGCGGCGGUUCAUGGGUGCGAACAAGCAGAAAACGAACGACUUAGGGCCGAAACCCAGCGUUCCGGGCGGGAGAGGCAGCCCCGUCGAGAAGAGUGGGUCUGUAGAGACGCCGGCAAAAGCUGUGCAGGCGAAAGCGGGGCAGAUCUUAGGGUCGAUUCGCGUGCCGUUUGUUGGAGAACAUGAUGGAGAGGCGAGCGUUAAACGGAAAGGAGGGGCUGCGAAAAGGCCGCGAAAUAGUAGCCCCGGGGCGAGCACCACUAGAGGGGAAGCAUUCAGAGAAAGGGGAGCAUCGACGGAGAAGGGGCCGGCGAGGCACGAGGGUACGUCACUGAAUGCUGUGCAAUCAGGGGUUAGGCCCGCACCGACAAAAGUUGGGUCUUCUCCGGAUCCAUGGUCUGCUGAAGCGUCGGCGCCAGGAAACGGAGUUCCAACAAGCGAGCGCACCGCCCAUGGCCCAAGCUCUGCGGGCGAAAAGGUUGACGCUGCGGUGGACAGUAAAGACCCGCUCAAGAUGCUCAGUGCGCUCGAUGCAGAGUCCUUGGUCAAGAACGUCGAAGUCCCCGAGCGCUUCGUUGAAGAAAAGGCAAUGUGGGAGGCCUACAAGAAUUCGUUGGUAGACCGGAAGGUUGACUUGCACGGCCCUGCACAGUAGUCUUUUUGAAUUUGAGAACGAGUCCUUGUGAGUGUGCUUUCUCAGUCCUGUAUAGAACAACUUUUUUCGUCGACUGCAGCGCUUUGAGCGGACUGAUUUUGUGCUACCUCAGCAUCCGAAUCGCAUACACACCGUUUGAAAUCUACCACCUGCAAAUGCGCGGCAAGAUUGGUGACCCACGGCCCGGAAAUGGGGGCCAAACUGUAGUUUCUAAGUAGUUGGUAGGCGGCAAGCUACCGUAGAUUGGCUUUGAUCAAUGCCCGGAUUUGCAACUGUCGUUAUAAUCGUCGAGUACAGUGCUUCGACACUUGCAAUCUAUUGAACCUUUCGGGACAAUGAUACGAAUG